AUGGACUUCACAACAGAGAGAACCAACCAGGUGACCGCACACGUGAAUGCUGUGGCCACACAUUUAAACACAGUGACAGAACGCUUCAUGGAGUUUGAAGCAUUUGUCAGGGGCCAUAUGGGUCGUAACAAGGGUGCUCAGGCCAAUCCCGGAGCAGGACAAUCCGAUUUGGAUCUCUUUCUCGAAGUGCUACAUAGACCUAAUGGCGCUCGGAUGGUAUUGGAUAGGCUAGGCACUUUGUCUAGCGAAGAGCGGAUCAAUAUGGCAACAGCUUGCUUGAAGAAAAUUGCGGAAAUUCGAAAGAAGGAGAUCUUGUUCUGCAGCCAGACGUUUGAGGACUUAGGAGCCAGAAUGCUUGUCAAUGAGGAUCAGUUUCAGGCGCAAGUCUCUCAGGUUCUCAGUGAGCGCCCAGAUUAUCAAGUCAUCCGAUUGGAACUGGCUCGUGUGUACGCCUUGGUGAGGAUAAUGAAGGAUUCCGGAAUCAUCACCGAGGAAGGAUUGCCUAUUGCGGUGAAUGGGGCUCGAGAAGGUGGGGACUUGGAGAGUGAGCAGGGGCCCAAUGUGAGCAUGCGGGCAGACACUCCGGCGGAGGUCAACGUGGCGCGAAAUGAUCAAGAACCAGGCCAGGAUGAAAAUCGCAGUGAUCCUAGUCCGGGUUCCUCGUUGCCAAGCCUCAGUUCCAUCAUGCAAAGCAUAGGCCGCCGUACCGGUACCAGGGGCCAGGAAGACAGCCCAGGCCGAAAUGUGAGAGCCGCCCGCAAGGAGCGUAUGGACACCUUAGAGAAUCGAUUAGGAGCGGUAAUCCCACGCCAUCAGAGGGCCUUUGAUCAGAUGGUCAAUUUCGAGCAACGGUUGGGCGCCAUAGAGAACCGCCUAGGAGCAAUUGUAGGCCAGGCUAAUACGUUUGAAACCCUAGCUUCCAUAUCCAGUCGAAUUAAUAGCUUACAGCGCUGUCAACGGGAUUUUACUCGAAUAAAUACCAUGAGUGAAAGGAUUAGAACCCUCGAAAACAACUCGCGGGCAGGGGUUGGGCCCAUCGUCGGAAGCAGACGGGUGCAUUUCCAAAACCGUACCUCGGUGGCCCGCACGGUUGGCCGUGGCUUGGGGGCGGCGCGAGACGCCCAACGUUCGGACAGGCCUAUCGGGACGCAGGGUUGGGACGAGCACGAUAUGAACGUUGUGUCAGCUAUCAUGAGUUUGCGCGGGAUAGAUGCCCAAAAUUGUAGAGCCCUGGCGCGGGCCCCUUUUGCAGUCUCAGUCCAUGAGAUCCGCGAUUUACAGGCGGAGCGCAUGAUUCCGCUUCCAACUCUCAGCGCAAACAACGCAGGUCCCGCGUACCGACUUGACAGCCGUGCGAAUCAUUCUGAUGAAUCAGGAGCUGCUGGUCCAGAUACUUCUCCCAAUUGCUCCGAUUCAUAA